AAACGGGUCUUCGGAUACGGGUCGAAUACAACAAGUACAGUGGCAUGGAGAUCCAGAGGGGCUUUAGGGAUUAGAUUUGUGAUAGACAGAGAAGAAUGUUUUUCCCAUAAGGUUGAAAUGGGAGAGACCGUUCAUUUUUCGUUUGUUGUUAUCAAAUCAGAAGGUUCUUGGCAUUACAGUGAAGAGGGUGUUGAUCUUGUGUAUGACGCUGCAGAGCAUUUCAAGCCGUUGUUUGAGCACAUUGGGAAACUAGAGGAAGCUUUAUACAACAUUCAAUUUGAGCAGCAUUGGCUAGAGGCCCAGACAGACCGGCAAGCAAUAGGUAUAAAUAAAGCUUUUGCAUAUUUCUCAUAUGAUUCUCCCUCUUUUCAGCAAAUCAGAAUUACCGUUUUCCUUGUAGAAACAAUUGUCUUUUCCUUUUGGCAUAUGUUUUCAAUUAGAUAAUUCUCCUCUCUGUCACUUAGUCUUAGAUGCAGUGAAAUCAUUCUUAUUGUUUCAUUUUGGGUUUUCUUUCUAAUUUUCAGUUUUUUGUUUAUCUAAUUUGCAAUUUCACAAGCUCGAGGAUGCAUACCUCGCCUACAUCUUGAAUAUGUCAAUGGUCAUGUCCAUUAGCAUAUGACCACUUUGUAUUGGGAAAAAAAACUGAAUUUAUAUAUUGAAGAUGACGUGUCAUGACACGUGGAUUGGUC